UAAAAAAUCUAGGCUGGCUCACGUGACCCAGAUCUCACAUGACGUAGAUGCUCACGUGAUCCAGCGCUUACGUGAGCAGAAGUAGUUCUGGUCGUCGUCUACCGUCUCGCUAUAGCCGUUUGAGGGAAGAAGGAGGAGAAUUAUCCGCUAUCUGUAGAGCCAUCCUGAAAUUGCAUUAAGCCCAGCUUGCCACCGGGAGCCCAACAGUCAACAUGAUGCUGAGCACAGAAGGCCGGGAGGGGUUCGUGGUGAAGGUCAGGGGCCUACCCUGGUCCUGCUCAGCCGAUGAAGUUAUGCGCUUCUUCUCCGAUUGCAAAAUCCAGAAUGGUACAUCAGGUAUUCGAUUCAUCUACACCAGGGAAGGCAGACCCAGUGGUGAAGCAUUUGUUGAACUGGAAUCAGAAGAUGAAGUGAAAUUGGCUUUGAAGAAGGACAGAGAAACCAUGGGACAUAGAUAUGUUGAAGUAUUCAAGUCGAAUAGUGUUGAAAUGGAUUGGGUGUUGAAGCAUACAGGUCCGAAUAGUCCUGAUACUGCCAAUGAUGGCUUCGUCCGCCUUAGAGGACUCCCCUUUGGCUGUAGCAAGGAAGAAAUUGUUCAGUUCUUUUCAGGGUUGGAAAUUGUGCCAAAUGGGAUGACACUGCCAGUGGACUUUCAGGGGCGGAGCACAGGGGAGGCCUUUGUGCAAUUUGCUUCCCAGGAGAUAGCAGAAAAGGCCUUAAAGAAACACAAGGAAAGAAUAGGGCACAGGUACAUUGAAAUUUUCAAGAGUAGCAGAGCUGAAGUUCGAACCCAUUAUGAUCCCCCUCGAAAGCUCAUGGCUAUGCAGCGACCGGGCCCCUACGAUAGACCGGGAGCUGGCAGAGGGUAUAAUAGCAUUGGUAGAGGGGCAGGCUUCGAAAGAAUGAGGCGGGGUGCAUAUGGUGGAGGGUAUGGAGGCUAUGACGACUAUGGUGGCUAUAACGAUGGGUAUGGCUUUGGGUCCGAUAGAUUCGGAAGAGACCUCAAUUACUGCUUUUCAGGAAUGUCUGAUCAUAGAUAUGGAGAUGGUGGGUCCAGUUUCCAGAGCACCACCGGGCACUGUGUACACAUGAGGGGAUUACCUUACAGAGCCACUGAGAAUGAUAUUUACAAUUUUUUCUCCCCUCUUAACCCCAUGAGAGUACACAUUGAAAUUGGACCUGAUGGCAGAGUUACCGGGGAGGCCGAUGUUGAAUUUGCUACUCAUGAGGAUGCUGUGGCAGCUAUGGCAAAAGACAAAGCUAAUAUGCAACAUAGAUAUGUUGAGCUCUUCCUGAAUUCGACUGCAGGCACAAGCGGUGGUGCUUAUGAUCACAGCUAUGUAGAACUGUUUUUGAAUUCUACAGCAGGGGCAAGUGGUGGAGCUUAUGGUAGCCAAAUGAUGGGGGGGAUGGGCUUGUCCAACCAAUCUAGUUAUGGCGGUCCUGCUAGCCAGCAGCUGAGUGGUGGCUAUGGCGGUGGUUACGGUGGUCAAAGCAGUAUGAGUGGCUAUGACCAAGUUCUGCAGGAAAACUCCAGUGACUAUCAGUCCAACCUUGCUUAGAUAGAUCAGGAACACCGAGCAACUACUAUAGAGAUAGAAGUUGUGCAUUUCUAGGAAUUGAAUAGAAUGGGAGAGAUGUCUAGUAUAUCCAGUAUGAUUGUUAAAUGGGAAGUUUAAUUGAAUCUGAUCACUCUUGGUCAGUCUUUCUUUCUUUCCUUCUUUCUUCCUUUCUUUCUCUUUUUUUUAAAAAAAACAAAUAUUAAGUUUUGCAUUCAGGCUUGUAAUUCAUGCUUACUGUAAAGUGGAAGUCAGAUUGUUUUAAAACUUCAAGCUCAGUAAUUUUGAACAAUGAAACAUUCAUCUAGGAUGUAAUAACAAAGUUCAGUAUUGACCAUAACUGUUAAAACAGCUUUCAGCUUUCCUCAAGUUAGUUAUGUUGUAGGAGUGUACCUAAGCAGUAAGCGUAUUUAGGUUAAAGCAGUUUUACUUAUGUUAAAUGUUGCUCUUAUACCACAAUACAUUAAAAACUUUGGAUGCAUGUUGAGAAACAUGCUUUUCUGUAAAACUCAAAAUAUAGGAGCUGUGUCUACGAUUCAAAGUGAAAACAUUUGGCAUGUUUGUUAAUUAUAGAUUUUUGGUUUAAUAACCUAUAAGGCACGUGAGUGUACACUUCUUUUCUUUUAAAAAAAGAACUGGGAUAAUUUUGAGAUGUAAUACCAACACUUUAGGAAUUUGGCUGUAUUGUUUGUAUGAAAUUCUGAACCUUUGAUUUAAAUCUUUCCUUGUAUUGUGAUUUCCAUUAGAUGUAUUGUACUGAGUGAAACUUGUUAAAUAAAUCUUCCUUUUAAAAACUGGAAAAAGAA